AUGACACACUCAAGUCAAACUGAUCAGACUUUAAACCAAGAUGACUAUCCAGACUUUUAUUCAGAUGAUUUCUUUUAUUAUGAAGAAGUUAAGAUGGAACCCAAGCUUAACUCACUUCGUUUCACUUUCCAUACUUCUCCUUCGAUCUGGUCACAAACUCGACCAAUAACUUCAACACAUUUAUCCUCCUCAACAUCAUCUUCCUCCUCUUCUUCCUCUUCAAGUUCAGGUUCAAAUCCAAGUUUCUCUUCAGUUUCAACUUCAAGUUCUAUCACAACUUACGAAACCCACCAAACCCAAACCAAUCCUUCUUCCGAAUCCGAAUCCCAAGCAGCCCCAAACCCAUCAAAUAUCUACAAACCUAAUCAAUCACUUAAAGUUAAACCAAACCCAAUUGGCAAGACUCCAAUCAAUUCAAAUGAACUUCAUCCAGAUAGCUGGCUUUAUCGUUUAAGAAAUUCAUCAAAUUCAUCAAAUUCACUUCAUCAUAAAUCUAAAGAAGAUCAAUUAAUUGAUUCAUUAUUACUUUUACUUGCUGAUUUAGCUUCUCAUCAUUAA